UUCAUCUCUCGUCUCGGUACAGAACCCCAGGACCACACAAUGAAGCUGUUUGUGUUUGCUGCCGUGGUGGCCGUCUGCGCCGCCGCCCCCUCCCAGACGUACGAGGCCCCGCAGGUCCGUGCCGCCCUCCAACCCGUCGCCAGAAUCCUCGAGGAGGACAGCCAGCACGACGGCCAGCAGGGCUUCAGCUUCCGCUUCGUCUCCGACGACGGCAUCGAGCGGCAGGAGCAGGGCUCGGACGGCGCUGUCACCGGCUCGUACAGCUACACGUCACCGGAGGGCGCUGAGAUUGUCGUGAGCUACGUGGCCGACGCGCUGGGCUUCCGUGCCGAGGGUGCGGCGCUGCCGACGGCCGUGCCCACCGAGUACCCGACGCCCGAGGUGCCGUCGACCGAGGCGGCCCCCGAGGUGCGCACCGUGCAGGGGUACUCGGCUCCGGCCCCUGAGGAGCGCGCCGCCCCCGCCCCCGUCCAGUACGAGAAGGUGCUGGUCGGAUAUCAGCCUCGCUACCAGUAAAGCAGCGAAUCGGACCUCCGUCACGUACCAUCAUAUUUUCCAUUGCUAUAGGCUUUGCGGAAUUCUGACAGACCCAACGUUUAGAUGUGUGUCAUGUAUUUAAAUUUGAAAUUUUGGUCCCGAUUUGAGUGCGUCUGAUUAUCAAUUUAACUUAUGAAUGCAUCGUAGAAAGCUGCCGUGCAGAGAUUGCGUGCCGGGAGAUGGGAUUCGCUUUCCACGUGUUCCUGACGCUUAUGUUUGGAGUUCAAAUCAAUGUACACACGAAGCGAAAUAUAUGUUUGCGAUUA